GACUCUCCUGGGGAGGGCGCAGAGGGUGUGUGGGAUUGCCAGGUGGGGGAGGUCCGUAAUCACGGGAGUAGUUCAGUGAAGCCCAGGAUGUCUCUCCAGGAGUUCUUCACGUUCCCAUCUGUUUAUCAGUUCAUACAUCCAAGCUCCCCAUCCAUUCGCCUUUCUUUCCUAAGGAACUGUCAUGUUUCAAUCAGCGAAUUUAGACUUAGAUUAAAAGAUAAGGGGCAUGUAGACUCUUAGACUUGUGACUUAGCAGGAAAGGUAAGGCAUCUGUGUCUAUUUAACAGGCAGUUGGGGGUUGGAUGCCCUACUAAGACCCAAGACUGGCAUGUGUCACUGGCCCCCAGCUCCAAAGGGAUUUGAAUAAAAAGAAGCAUAAGCUUGAAACAAGCCAGGCUCCUACUUCCCGGUUGGCUCGCAGGGUUAAUGUGUGGUUUUCCCUAUCCUGUGUGAUGGAUGGCCUAGCGCCCCGGCUGGGCACUGGAAGUAGCGACUGCUUCAGUUUCUCAUGCCACCUGGCUAUUACCAGAAGCUGGAUGGCCUCAGCCACGUUCAUAAAUAGCAGCCAGGGAGGGCCUUUCUGAAUUAGGAAAGGCCCAAAAAACAAACCCUCCCUUGUUUUAGUACCUCCUGGCUUCUGUUACAUUGUUACCAGCCCCAAACUGGGUGUACCUGCAAGUUUGCUUCCAUAAAUAAAUGUAGAGGUUAGAGUAGGCUCAGAGCUGGCUAGAGCUUGAGGGUUUUUCAUUUUCUGGUGCCCACUGUCUUUCAGGGGCAGAGGAAUGAAAUACAGGUCCGUCCGCCCCCCCACCCCUCUCCCACCCCGCUGUCCAAGUGUAAACCUUAAGCGUGCCCUGAAACAGGGUGGGGAUAAGCCCUUGCCUGGCUGGGCCGUGAGGUGCAGCAGGGAGGAGGGAGAUGCUCUUGCCGCUGACCUUCAAAGGCUAUAGACCGGAGGGGAUCGUGUUACAUGCCCUUGAACUCCUGCCCCUCCCCCCAGCUUCCCUGAAUGGAGUCAGGAAUUCCAUUCACAAAAUGGAGGCAUGAAUGAACCCAUCCUCCCGCCUCCUCCCGGAGGUGUCAGGUUUCACAGUCUCAUUCAUAGGUGGGAGUGGAGGGGGGCGGGCAGGAAGGGGUUGGAACUUGAACGGGUGGCUUCACACUCGGGGGGUGGGGUGGGGGGGAGUUUUCUGUCCUGUGGAAUGGAGUGGAAUGGACUGGAAUGUGCCCUGCUGUUAGACCUGGGAGAGCACGGCUCAGUGCUCACUGCCUCUUUCCCAGAUGCGUGCUAGAGCUCCGGCUCCCUCAGUGUUUGUCUCUUUUCCUCUGGAGUGCGCGUGCGCGCGCACACACACACACACACACACACACGGCCAGGAACCUGACCUGCUGACCGGACGUCUGCCCCUUCCGAGGGAGCCUUAGGCAUGGACACCGGACCCUUUCCCCGGAGAUGUCCCUGGGUGUGCCUCCAUGUACCUCCACAAUGAGGGCUUCUCCGGGCCCUCCCCAGGCUAUGGCUAUGAGAAACCUCUGCGACCAUUUCCAGAUGAUGUCUGCGUUGUCCCUGAGAAAUUUGAAGGAGACAUGAAGCAGGAAGGGGUUGGAGCAUUCCGAGAGGGGCCGCCCUACCAGCGUCGGGGUGCUUUGCAGCUGUGGCAGUUUCUGGUGGCCCUGCUGGACGACCCAACCAAUGCCCAUUUCAUUGCCUGGACGGGCCGGGGGAUGGAGUUCAAGCUCAUCGAGCCUGAGGAGGUUGCCAGACUCUGGGGCAUCCAGAAGAACCGACCGGCCAUGAACUACGACAAGCUGAGCCGCUCACUCCGAUACUAUUAUGAGAAAGGCAUCAUGCAGAAGGUGGCUGGCGAGCGGUACGUGUACAAGUUCGUGUGCGAGCCGGAGGCCCUCUUCUCACUGGCCUUCCCGGACAAUCAGCGUCCCGCUCUUAAGGCUGAGUUUGACCGGCCAGUCAGUGAGGAGGACACAGUCCCGUUGUCCCACCUGGACGAGAGCCCCGCCUACCUCCCAGAGCUGGCCGGCCCUGCCCAGCCCUUUGGCCCCAAGGGUGGCUACUCUUACUAGCGGCCAGUGGCUUCUCCCCUGCUGUGGACGGGUGCUGCUCUGUGUACAUAAGGCUGAAUGUGCUGUCAGGGAAAACCCUCGCUCUGACACCCACAGAUGUCUCCGAGGCAGAUCUCCACUGUCCUGUCAGUCAACCCGGCCCAGACUCUCAACUGCCCACCAGUCUUUGGGAAGGAAGCAAGCCUGCAGGUGCAAUCCUCCGCUGGGGCUUUUACUUCCGCUCCGAGGAGUUCGGCCCAGCCUCCUCCCAGGGCCUGCUUAGAGGCCCAAGCCCUGCUCCCUUUCCCCCACCAGAGAACAAGCCUUUGUUCUAUCCUGGGGGACAGAGGGAGCUUCCCAACUCCUAUCUUGGCAGGGGGACGAAGGGGCUCAUUGAGCUCUGCAGGUCUCCCGCCGUGGGGAGAUCCAAGCCUGGACUCGACUCCACCCCAAGCCAGGGUCUGGAGGGCCCUGAUCGUCAGUUCUUGGUGCUCCGUGUUUCCAGAGGCAGGGGGAGGGUGGAAGAAACCUUGGAUGGAGGGGUGCAGGGUGGAGGAAAGGAGGGAGGAGUUCCUGCCCCAAGGAGCUCUUUUCCUAGGCUCAAGCCUGGGAUUUCACCUCCACCCCAACCACGUCUGCCAGCUCUUUAAUAAAGGCCCCUGCUUCUCCUA